AUGUCUUUAGAGAGAGAAAACUGCAGAAAGAGGGUGAUGGAACUUGUGGACAAACCCGGAAAUAGAAACUGCGCCGACUGCGGAGCGACAGAUCCAGAGUGGGCAUCGUAUACUCUAGGUGUGUUUGUAUGCCACAGCUGCUCAGGCCUUCACAGAAACAUCGCACAGAUCAGCAAGGUCAAGUCUCUUCUGUUGGACCCUUGGACCACAGAACAGUUGGAGUUUAUGGACUCUGUGGGAAACCAUGUCGCCAAAGCCAAAUUUGAGCAGAACGUCCCCGCUUUCUACUACCAGCCCUCUCAUAAAGACUGUGCACUUUUGAGGGAGCAAUGGAUUCGCGCAAAGUACGAAAGGAAAGAGUUCAUGCCUGGGGGGACGCAGGAAUCCUACUCAGCAGGAUUUCGGUGUUACCGCGAGAGGUUUCUAUGGAAACGAGGCAGAGACAACGGACAAUACCUCAGCCGAAAAUUCGUCCUGUCAGAACAAGAGGGUGUGCUCAAGUAUUUCAACAAGCAGGACGCCAGAGAGCCUAAAGCGAUAAUGGACAUCAGUACAGUGAACGCAAGCUUCCAGCCAGCCAAAAUUGGCACAGCUCACGGGCUUCAGAUCACCUACUUGAAGGACAACAGCACUCGCAAUAUCUUUGUUUACCAUGAGGAUGGCAAGGAAAUGGUGGACUGGUUUAACGCCAUCCGAGCAGCCAGAUUACACUACCUGCAGGUGGCUUUCCCAGGAGCUCUCACAGAUGUUUUGUUGCCCAAAUUGACCAGGAACUACUUGAAGCAGGGCUUCAUGGAGAAAACCGGUCCUAAGCACACAGAGGGUUUUAGGAAGAGAUGGUUCGUCCUGGAUGAUAGAAGGCUCAUGUACUUCAAAGAUCCACUGGACGCAUACGCGCGAGGCGAAGUGUUUAUCGGUAGCAAGGAAAGCGGCUACAGCGUCCUGCCGGACCUCCCGCCGGGUGUUCAGAGCACCCAUUGGCAGUUCGGGAUCACCAUAGCGACGCCGGAUAGGAACUUCCUUUUCGUGUGCGAGAGCGAGCGGGAUCGGACGGAAUGGAUAGCAACUUUCCAGAUGGUCGUCGACCGACCAAUGCUUCCUCAAGAGUAUGCAGUGGAGGCCCAUUUUAAGCACAAACCCUGA